GCGCUGGAAGUUUUCCUGCGAGCUCCCUCUUCACACGUUCAAGAGUCCCGCGUCUCGACAUGGACGUGUGGCCGCUGGUGCUCCUGUUCGUCCAGCUGUGCUUCUGCUCCGCUUAUGAAGGGUCAGGACAGUACGCAUAUGGAGACGAUGAGGACUGGCAUUCUCGUAGAUAUAAAGGGACCCCGUGGUGUGCGCCCAUUAAGGUGAAACAUGGGGACGUGAGCUGUCGUACACCCAGAGGAGAGCACUACAGGAACGUGAUGGGGACGCGUUGCAAAAUCCGCUGCAAGCAGGGAUACGAGUCCCAGAGCUCAGAGGUGGUGUGUAUGGCCAGCAAGCACUGGUCCUCUAACUACGCCUGCCGAGAGAUCCGCUGUCCCAAGCUGAACAUGCCGGAUAACGGCGGCUACAAGUGUUCGGACGGCUCCUACUUCAACUCUCGCUGUGAGUUCUUCUGCUCGCCUGGAUUCAGUCUGAAGGGACACAAGACGGCAACGUGCCAGUACAGCAAGGCGUGGAGUGCUGGACUCCCCACUUGUGUCGAUAUGGAUUCUCCAAAGAUGAAGUGUCCUAAUCUGAAGGAUAAGUGGGCAGAACCAGGAAAACUGACAGCGAGGGUGACCUGGGACACACCGGAGGGUGUAGACACUGCAGAUGGCAUUCUCACAGAUGUUAUCCUGAAAGGGAAACCUUCAAAAUCAGACUUCCCAGAGGGGCUCCAUAAGAUGUCCUACACUGUGUCUGACCGUGCAGGGAACAAAGGAUCCUGUCGCUUCACUGUCAGAGUGCGAGUGCGCCGCUGCAGCUCACUGUUUCCCGCAGACAACGGUUAUAUGAAGUGUGACAGUGACGGAGACAACUACGGUACAACUUGUGUGUUCACUUGCACCGGUGGCUACGAGCUUCGGGGCAGCGCUGCCAGAGUGUGUCAGUACGGACUCACCUGGUCUGGCACAGAUACCAACUGUGCAGCCAUGAACAUUAACGUGGGAGUGCGUACAGCUGCCGCACUGCUGGACCAGUUCUAUGAGAAACGACGGCUCCUCAUUAUCUCGGCUCCGACUGCUGCCAAUCAUAAUUACCGCUACCAGAUGACAUACUUACAGCACGCUCAGUGUGGACUGGACCUGAGGCACGUCACAGUAAUUGAGCUGGUUGGGACUUACCCAGCACAGAUUGGCCGAAUUCGACACAGGCUGCUCCCUCCAGCACUGGCCCUGCAGUUCAGGUUACUGCUUCAGAUUCCUCAAAGGUCUUUCCAAAUGGUGCUGGUAGACAAGCAGGGCAUGGACAAGCAACGCUACCCGUUCCCGAUUACAGCAGCUGAAUUAUUCACCACCAUCGACACCUUCCCCCUCCGCAAGGACGAGAUGGUGCUACAGCAGGAAGCGGGCCAGAACUGCCAAUCAUAAAACACGGACUGUCAGCCAUCUUUGAUCCUUCUCCUCCUCAGUCACAGCAGACAGAUCUCCUUGUUUUAUCUGCUCAUGUCACACAUGCCUACCCAAACUCAUCCUCCUGUUUCCAGAAGGUUUGAGUGUGUGUUUGUGUGUGUGUGUUGUGUGUGUGUGUUGAUCUGAAGCAUUACUGAAAGAGGUCACUAAAUGGAAUGGGUCACACAGUACAUUGCAAUCAUAUUGAUUCCUGUGUCUUCUAUAUCUUUAUGUUUUAUUAUGAUUAAUAUUUUCAAAGCAGAAUAUGUUUUACUAUUUUGUACAAAAAGUCUUUUUACUUCAUGAACAGGCGUGUUUACUCUUCCCGUGUCUAAUAUUUAUACCUCACAUCUUUUAAUAAUGAUAUACACUCUUUGGAAUAAUGUGUGUGUUUUAUGUAUACAGGACAGUGAUGCUCUGAAUAAAUAUGUCUAUCUUUAA